AUGUCAUCAACAGGGGAGAAUAAAAACCAAAUAAAGAUAAAGUUCUUCACAAAUGAAGAAGACGAGUCAUUACAAGUUGCUGAUACUCCUCUCUAUGUGCCUGUCACUCUUAAAAGAUUUGGGUUAUCAGAAGUGGUUAAUCAUCUUUUGGGAAACUUUAAAGGUGAAGAUGAAACAAAAGCUCCUAUCCCAUUUGAUUUCCUUAUAGAUGGUGUGUUGUUGCGUACUUCAAUUGAAGAUUACUUGACGAAAAAUGGGUUAUCUAAUGAAGCGUUUCUUACAUUGGAAUAUACAAGAGCAAUUUUACCACCUUCAUUUUUGGCUUCUUUUAAUAAUGAUGACUGGAUAUCUUCUAUAGAUUCAAUUAACCCGACCACCAAAAUAGUCAUGUCCUCUCAAUUAUCUAUAUCACAGCCAAAAAUUUUGUCAGGGUCAUACGAUGGGAUCGUUCGUACCUAUAACAUGUCAGGGAAAGUUGAAAAACAAUAUGUUGGUCAUUCUGCUCCUGUUAAGGCUGUGAAAUGGAUAUCACCAACAAGAAUUGUCUCUGCAGGUAACGAUAGACAAGUUAGAUUAUGGAAGACUUCAUACGAGGAAAUAAUAGACGAAGAUGAAGAAGAAAUCGAGGAUGGUAAAACCUUGGCACUUUUAGAGGGCCAUAAAGCGCCAGUUGUGGAUUUAGCUGUGGAUACACAAACAAAUAGAAUUUUAUCUGCCGGGUAUGAUCAAAAUAUUGGGUUUUGGUCCACCAACUACAAAGAAAUGACAUCUAUCCAACCAUUGGAAUAUGAUUCUAAUGUUGUUUCUUCAUCGUCUAAAAAAAGAAGAAAAAUGGCUGUCCAAGAUGCUACAAUUAGACGUCGUGCCCCAUUAUCAUUGUUGCAAGGGCAUCUGGAACCUGUAGAAGGAGUCAUAUUUGAUGCUAAAGAUUCUACAGUGGGGUACUCCGUUUCUCAAGAUCAUACAAUCAAAACCUGGGAUUUGGUCACUUCAAGAUGUGUUGACACUAGAACCACUGGUUAUUCAUUAUUAUCAGUGUUGCAAUUGCCACAGGUUAACCUUAUUGCUAGUGGUUCUUCUGCUCGUCAUAUAAAUUUGCAUGAUCCAAGAGUAACUACCACCAGUGAUCAAACAAUUAGCAAGUUAGUGGGACAUACAAACUUUGUCGUUGGCUUGACUGCUUCUCCUCAUAAUCAGAAUAUGUUUGCUUCAUCCUCUCAUGAUGGUACUGUCAAAGUUUGGGACGUUAGAGCGGAGAAAUCUUUGUACACAAUAACAAGACAAGAUGGGUCAACCAAUGCUAAAAUAUUUGAUGUUUGCUGGGAUGAUCGUAUCGGUAUUAUAAGCGGAGGUGAAGACAAAAAGCUUCAAAUCAACAAAGGAUCCGAUAUAGCCAAAUAG